AUGAAAAGCCGCAGCAGCAACGAAUACAGCGGAGCUGCGGUGUAUGAUCAGCUGCCCCUCAAGGCCGAUGAUGGAGACUUGCAGGCGCUAGCUGAGCAGCAUUCUAAGAUCGACUACAGUCUGCACGUCAUACUGGAGGAGAUUGUCUCCUUGAAGGCCCAGGCAGCGGAGGAGAAAGACCUGAAUGUGUUGAUGGUGCAGUUUAUUGUUUUAGCCGUCAAACUGCUAGCUGAGGCGGCAUUCAACAAAGAAAAAGUGGAGUGUAUUCUGCCUUCGUUGGAGUUUGAGUUUGUGCGUCUGCGUUUGCCGUCGCUGCAUCCUCGCCUUUUAUCUUCUUUUAAUAGAAUCAGAGAAAUAAGCGGAAAACCACCACUCACAGAGAACCAGGUUGCUGCUGCUGCUGCUGCAGCAAGAGCCGCUGCUGCUGCUGCUGCUGCUGCUGCUGAAGCAGAAGCAGAAACGGAAACUGCAGCAGCAGACAGAAAUGAAAAAGCAGCUACUCCUGCGGAUGCUGCUGCUGCUGCAGAUGCUGCGACAGAUGCUGCUGCAGCAACUGCUGCUGCUGCUGCUCCUGCUGCUGCUGCUGCAGAUGAAGCAGCAGCAGCAGCAGCAGCAGCAGAGGAUGCAGCAGCAGUGUGUGCAGAUAUUUCUUCUGUGUCUGAGUCUCCCUCGCGAGACGUUGUUGCUGCAGCAGAAGUUGCUGCAGCAGCAGCAGCAGCAGCAGCAGCAGCUGGAGUUUCUCUAGAAGAAGCAGCAGCAGCAGCAGCAGCAGCAGCAGCAGCAGAAGCAGAAGCAGAAGCAGAGCAGCAAGCAGAAACCCCAUCGGAGCUGCUGCUGUCUCCCCCCCCCUCCCCCUCUCCUUCCUGCGGCCGCCUUGGCCUCGUUGAUGAGUCAGAAGAUGAGAGGAGACAGCAGCACAAGCCUGCGGUUGUUCUGCUGCUCAGCAGCAGCAGCAGCAGCAGCAGCAGCAGCAGCAGCAGCAGCAGCAAUAACAGCAGCAGCAAUAGCGGAAACAACUUGACUCCUUCUGUUACUGUUGUUGCUGCUGCUGCUCCUACCACUGCUGCAGCAGCAGAUACUCCUGCUGCUCCUCCUGCUGCUGCUGCUGCUGCUCCUGCUGCUGCUGCUGCUGCUGCUGCUGCUGAGGGCUUGCGGGACCUUCCUUUAUUUCAGCAGUUUGCUGUUGCUGCUGCAGCACUAGCCCCCGAUAGAUAUGUGGGUUUGGGUUGCCCGCUAGACACAGCAGCAGUUGCUGCUUCUCCGAAUCGUUUUGCUGCUGCUGCUGCUGCAGCAGCAAACGAAGACACGCAUAAAGAUAUACAUAAACACCACCAACAGCAGCUGCAGCAGCAGCAGCAGCAACAGCAGCAGCAGCAGCAACUUAUGACGGAGGUACUGUCGCAGCACACACUCAACGACGAAACUACACCCAGCAGCACCACCAACAACAGCCCCACAAACAGCAGCAGCAGCAGCAGCAGCAGCAGCAGCAGCAGCAGCAGCCAGGAGGAUAAGGUUGCUUCUCAAGUGCAGCAAGAGCAGCAGAAGGAGCAGCAGCAGCAGCAGCAGCAGCAGGAGCAGCAGCAGCAACAGCUGCUGGGGAAGCCCCCUAGCACGACGCUUCCUCCAUUAGCUGAAGCAGCAGCAGCAGCAGCAGCAGCAGCAACAGCAGCAGCAGCAGCAGCAGCAGAAAGUGAGGUUACUGGCGCUGCACUGGCAGCUAUCAGUUCUUUAGGGGAUACCUGCCCCCACCACCCAGCAGCAGCUGCUCCCCUCUCUCAGCAGCAGCACCAGCAGCAGCAGCAGCUGAAGCAGCAGCAGCAGCUGCUGCAGCAGCAGCAGCAGCAGCAGAGAGCUGCAGCAGAAGCAGCAAAGGGUGAGAGAGAGAGCGAAAUCAGCUCCGCCUACCAAGGGGACGGCAGCAGCAGAACAAAUUUGUCUCCUGCUGCUGCUGCUGCUGCUGCAGCAGCAGCAGCAAGACCAGCAGCAGCAACAGCAGAAACACCCACCAUCACCAACACAGCAGCAGCAGACCAGCAGCAGCAACAGCAGAAACACCCACCAUCACCAACACAGCAGCAGAGACCAGCAGCAGCAACAGCAGAAACACCCACCAUCACCAACACAGCAGCAGCAGCAGAGACCAGCAGCAGCAACAGCAGAAACACCCACCAUCACCAACACAGCAGCAGCAGGCAAGACCAGCAGCAGCAACAGCAGAAACACCCACCAUCACCAACACAGCAGCAGCAGCAGCAGCAGCAGCAGGAGCUGCUGCUGCUGUUGCAGCAGCAGAAUCCCUGA